CAUACUGCAAAAGUGUUGUUUCUGAACAAUAUUGUUUUUGUCCUUUCCAUUCAGCUCGUAAAAUAAUUCAUAUUCGUGGUGGUAUGAAAGCUGCUCUGUGUUAAUUUGAAAACCUAUUGAGAGUGUUUCAGCACAUGUGUAUCCAAACUUGAGUUAAUUAGCUUCCGGGACCCGGAUGAGGGCUUGCUAUAUUCGGAGUUCUAAGCAUACGCGGUUUUUCAGUGUUACACAGAAUUAAGAUAACACUAGCGACCUUUCUAUGAAGUCAAAAAUUAUAGCAGUGGAGACAAAGCAUACACAGCUCAUAAUGGAUAUCAGUAUUAUUCUGAGGGACUAGGAGGAGAGAUUUUCUUUUUAAAUUUCAUGCUAGAUGUUACUAGUGAAAAAUCCUUCUAAACAUUAAGAGCGAUAUUUUCAUCUAAAAGAAAAACUACCAAAUGUCAUCAUUCGAAGAAAACCACCUCCCAAAUGUUGCAGUCAAUGACUUGGGAAAACCUUCUGCGGAUGGAUAUUUGGAGAAAAAACGGAAAGAAAAAAAGUUUCGGAGUGAGAAACUGCAGAAGAGAUGGUGUGUGAUUCAAGAUGAUAACUUUUAUUACUUCAUCAAACCCACUGACCCAAAGCAGAAAGGAGGAUUCAACCUGAAAGGUUACUCAUUCCAAAAGCUGGGUGAUUUAUCAUUUUCCAUUAAAUGUGAAGGAAAGAGGCAUUAUGAGUUUGUUGCACCGUCGAAAGAGGAAGCGGCAAAAUGGAGGAAGGCUAUUAUGAAAGGCAGUUCAGUAAAGAAAAAGUUAAGAAAAAGCGACAGUUUUCCUGGCGGUGAGUCCAUACCUCCUGCCUCUCCAACACGGGAUCGUUCGGUCAGCAUUCCUGCAGAUGCAAAAGACAGGGCUAGUCAAUCAAAGCUGAAGUAUCGAUCACAUACUCCUGAUCCGUUCGAGAGGAGUCCAAACAUCAGUUCACGAGACAGAUCAAACACGCUUGGGAGAGAUUUUGGAAAAGCUAAACAGAAAACAGAGCCUUCCGUUAAAAAGCCACCUAGUUAUAAAUCAAAACCACAGCUAAACGCUGUAAAGAAUCAGAGUAUAGAUGACCAUGGUUAUGCGACAGUUAUUCCCAGAUUGGACAAGAAUGAACAUGGAUCUAGCAGCAGUGAUAACAGUGAUUCUGAUUAUGAUAUCGUUGACCCUGUUCGUCAGAUACCGACGCCACGACCUACACCUGUUCAAAAAGCAGCUUCGGGAUCGGAAAUAGUGGAGGAAAGAAACUUGUCUCAGAAAAGGCACCAGAUGCCAAUACCGACUUUACCUUCACAAAACCCUGUUUCUAGUGAUGAUGAGGAAGAUUAUGACGUUCCUGACGAACCGUUUUCCCGUCCUGAGUCAGAUUAUGAUAUUGCUGGUAAUUUCCUUCGCAAAGUGGAGAAAAGUUGUGCUACAACAAACGUUGAGGAAGAUGAUAACUAUAUUGAUGCAGCCAAAUUAGACUCGAUGCCAAAUACGAACAGAAGAAAAACACCAAUUAUUCCUGCUCCAAUGAAAUGUCAGCUUGAUACUGAACAGGAUGAAGAAGACCUUUACUUUGAACCUAUAUCCGGUCCACUUUACAAUGAUAAAAAAUCAUGUACGCAAACACAAAAUAUAUUGGAUUGUGAGAAUGAAGAUCCUUACUUUAUACCGGUAGAGGAGUCGGCACCUUCGGAGGAAGAAGAUCCAUACUUUGAACCUAUCUCCGACUAUGAUAAGCCAGACGCCACAGUGUUGAGGUCAAAUCAAACCCCGCAGUCACAAAUGUUUACAACAGAUCCCGGACAAGAGCAGUAUAUAAGACAAAAUCGCAAACCUACGCUGACUCGAAACUCCAGUCGAAGCAGUGAUGGUUAUUCCAAACCCGAGGAGGUAAUACUGUAUAAGCGCAAACAGCCAACAGAGGCCACCAAAAAGAGCAAUAACUAUACUGACGACUCGAAUAUAUAUGUGAAUCUUCCAUUUUUUAAAAACCAGCAGAUAAAAGAGGAGGCCCAACUCGAUAAUACACAGUCUAAAAACACCAUGAAAUUACAAAAUGUGAAACUGAAAGACAGUGUAGAGGACAACAGUUAUUCUGACUCUGAUGACUACGAUUACACCAUGUAUUGAGUAUCACGAUCUACGUUUGUGCGUAAGCAUCUCAAAUGUCUUAACAAUAAGAAAGUAUAUUCAUUUCAUUGUGAUGUGAUUUUAGUUAAGGUGAAGACAAUUUGUGAGAAGUUAUGAUAGUGACAUCCCGAUUAAGUUAAAGGAAUAUGAUACGUUUUACAACUACGAUGACUCCGAAAAAAAAGAUUUUAUGCAUGCUGACCAUGAACCAUAUAUCAGAUUUUCAAUUCCACCGCAAUGUAUGGUACAAUUUACUUCUACAAAUGCAUAGAUUAAUGUAGGUUAUCAUUUCUUCGGUUACUACUUGAUAAGGAAACCUCGGUAUUGCGACUACUGUGCAAACCAACUUUCUACUAAUUUUCACAAUUUUAAACUAAAACAAGUUGGCGAUGAUUGAUCCUCGCUGUAGAGACUAUAUUUAGCUAUACUCUAAUUAUCUGUAAUCGCCUUUUCAAUACGCAGCGAUCGCAAUUCACAUGUAUGCUUCUAUAACGAAAUUCGCGAAAAAUUGUAAACAGUAUUAAAAUAUUUUGUGCAGAAGUUUAUACACAUAUUCAAACUGUACGUCAAUUCAAGAUAUGAUGCACGAUGAUUUAAAACGUGUGUAAUAACAUAUUAAAGUUGCCCAUUGUAUAACCUGUUUUAUUUGUCUUAUGAAAGGGGAAUAAACAUCACCAUGGCAAUGUCAUUGAACUUCCCUUUCUUUCCGUCAUAAUUCAAUAUCUUACCUAUUUUACCAACUCAACACCCCCCCCCUCUCUCUCUCUCUCUCUCUCUCUCUCUCUCUCUCUCUCUCUCUCUCUCUCUCUCUCUCUCUCUAUUUGUUCCGCGAAUUGCGUCAUCUUUUUAAAUCAGCGUAUUUCCUCUUUUUUUGAUAAAAGCCAGAAA